CAGUACCCCCCACCUCCCUCCGUGACCGUCGUAGGAGGAUGACUAGAGUUUAUCGCGUCCCAUCUGCCGGCUGCUCUCGUCGCGCCGCUGCCGGUUGACCGUUAGUAACCCCGGCUCUUUUUUCUGCGCGCAUCCACACAGUUGCUCCAUCACUGGCUGGAUCGCAGAGCCCUGCCUCUCCUCUCAUUGGACUGCUGAGCCAAGCGGUUGUCAGCCCAUGUGGCGUGGGCAGGCAGAGUGUGACACAUUUAAGUUCAUCAGAGAAAAAAGCGUGAAUGAAGCGCGGAGGCUAACGGAGGCUCUCACACCCACGGCGGCUGAAGACUCGACACAUGACCGAGCGUGCUGAGCGGCUCAGCCUCACGUUUUACCGGAACAUCCGUCGGUUCGGCUCAGACAGUAAAUAAAAAUGGAUGAGAUCGUCAUAGCUGGAAUAUCGGGCCGCCUGCCUGAGUCCAGCAACCUGGAGGAAUUCUGGGAAAACCUCAUCAAUGGUGUGGAUAUGGUAACAGAGGACAACCGGCGAUGGACACCAGGUCUGUACGGUCUUCCAAAGAGGAACGGGAAACUCAAAGACAUCAGCCACUUCGACGCAGCCUUUUUUGGAGUCCAUCCCAAACAGGCCAACAGCAUGGACCCGCAGCUGCGCCUCAUGCUGGAGAUCGCUUACGAGGCUAUUGUAGAUGGAGGACUGAAUCCAGCCACGCUGCGCGGCAGCAAAACAGGCGUGUACAUCGGUGUGAGCGGCUCCGAGGCGGGCGAAGCAUUCAGCAGAGAUCCAGAGGAGCUCCUGGGCUACAGCAUGACGGGCUGCCAGCGCGGCAUGUUGGCCAAUAGACUGUCCUACUUCUUCGACUUCAGCGGCCCCAGCACUGCCAUAGACACGGCGUGCUCCUCCAGCCUGCUGGCUCUAGAAAACGCCUUCCACGCCAUCCGACAGGGCCACUGUGACGCUGCUUUAGUUGGGGGAGUGAACCUGCUUCUCAAGCCGAACACUUCAGUGCAGUUCAUGAAGCUGGGCAUGCUCAGUCCAGAGGGGACCUGCAAGUCAUUUGAUGCUUCAGGAAAUGGAUACUGCCGCUCGGAGGCAGCGGUGGCAGUGCUGCUGACUAAACGACCGGCGGCUAGAAGAGUGUAUGCCACAGUGAUCAACGCAGGCAACAACACAGACGGAUACAAAGAGCAAGGGGUGACGUUUCCGUCUGGUGAGAUGCAGCAGAGGCUGGUUCGUUCACUCUACCAGGAGGCCAGCGUGUCUCCAGAGCAGGUGGAGUACAUCGAAGCCCACGGCACCGGGACAAAGGUCGGCGACCCGCAGGAAGUGAAUGGCAUCGUCAGCGUUUUCUGCGAGUCAAAGCGAGAGCCUCUGCUGAUUGGCUCCACCAAGUCCAACAUGGGUCAUCCAGAGCCGGCCUCUGGGCUGGCUGCCCUGGCAAAGGUGCUGCUCUCUCUGGAGCGAGGAGUCUGGGCCCCCAACCUGCACUUCCUCCAUCCUAACCCUGACAUCCCCGCCCUCACCGACGGUCGGGUUCGCGUCGUCGAUCGGCCUGUUCCCGUCCGAGGAGGCAUCGUAGGGAUCAACUCCUUUGGAUUCGGAGGUUCCAACGUUCACGUCAUCCUUCGUCCGGCUGAGAAAACGGCCGCCUCGGCUUCACCCGGGAAGCUUCCCAGAAUGCUUCAGGCCUGCGGGCGCACAGAGACGACGGUGAGCUCCGUCCUGCAGAAGGGGAAGGAACACGCUGCGGACAACGCCUUCCUGUCUCUGCUGAACGAAGUGUCAGGAGCGCCCGCCGCCAGCAUGCCCUACAGAGGUUUUGCUCUGAUUGGCUCUCAGAGCGACGUCAUGGAAGUGCAGCAGGUGCCGGGCGCCGCCAGGCCUCUGUGGUACGUUUGUUCAGGUAUGGGGACGCAGUGGGCCGGGAUGGGCCGCAGUCUCAUGCAGCUGCCAGACUUCAGAGACUCCAUUCUGCGGUCCGAUGCGGCGCUGAAGGAGACGGGGCUGGUGGUGUCUCGUCUGCUCAUGGAGGCUCAGGAGGACACGUUCGAAGACACCGUUCACGCCUUCGUUGGCCUGGCUGCAGUACAGAUCGCUCAGAUCGAUCUGCUCACCAAGCUGGGUCUGCAGCCCGAUGGCAUCGUGGGGCACUCGGUGGGAGAGCUAGCCUGUGGCUAUGCUGACCGCUCCCUGAGUCACAGCGAGGCCCUCCUGGCUGCGUACUGGAGAGGCCGCUGCAUCAAGGAGGCCAGCCUUCCUCCAGGAGGCAUGGCUGCAGUGGGGCUGACCUGGGAGGAGUGCAUCGCUCAGUGUCCUCAGGGGGUGGUUCCAGCCUGCCACAACGCUGAGGACACGGUCACCAUCUCCGGCCCUCAGGAAGCAGUCAGUGCCUUUGUGUCCGAGCUCAAACAACAAGGAGUGUUUGCAAAGGAAGUGCGCAGUGCCGGGGUGGCGUUUCACUCCUACUACAUGGCCUCCAUCGCUCCAGCCCUGCUCGCAGCUCUGAAGAAGGUGAUCAAAGAGCCAAAGAAGCGUUCGGCGCGCUGGGUGAGCACCAGCAUCCCUCAGUCUGAGUGGGACUCUGCUUUGGCUCUGCACAGCUCGGCUGAAUACCAUGUCAACAACCUCGUGAGCCCCGUGCUGUUCCAGGAGGGCCUGAGCCUGGUGCCCGAAAACGCCGUGGUGCUGGAAAUAGCUCCGCAUGCUCUGCUGCAGGCCAUCCUGAAGCGCAGCCUGAAGCCCACGUGUUCAGUCGUCCCCCUGAUGAAGAGAGGUCACACCAACAACCUCGAGUUUUUCCUCUCGAACGUCGGGAGGAUCUUCAUGAAUGGCAUCAACGUGGACGCCAACGCCCUGUGCCCCGCUGUGACCUACCCUGUGCCGGUUGGUACUCCAAUGAUCUCGCCCUUGGUGCAGUGGGACCACACCCAGACGUGGGAUAUCCCUAAAGCGGAACACUUCCUGUCGGGCUCGGGAGGCUCUGGUUCUGCGGCGGUGUAUAACAUUGACGUCAGCCCAGAGUCUGCAGACCACUAUCUCAUUGGACACAGCAUCGAUGGGCGUGUCCUCUACCCGGCAACUGGUUACCUGGUGCUGGCCUGGCGCACCUUGGUGAGGAGUCUAGGGGUUGUCAUGGAAACGACGCCCGUAACCUUUGAGGAUGUGACUAUCCACAGGGCCACCAUUCUGUCAAACGCCAGUGCGGUCCAGUUGGAGGUGCGUCUCAUGCCCGCCACCAGCAGGUUCGAGGUUUCGGAGAACGGGAGCCUGACUGUCAGCGGUAAGGUGAGCAUCCUGGAGGAUUCGGCACUCGAUUCAUUCAACGGUGAGAUCAGCCGGGAAGCUGCCGACAGGAGCGACGCCUCGAUGAAGCUUAACGCACACGAGAUCUACAAGGAGCUCAGACUGCGAGGCUACGACUAUGGAAAAACCUUUCAGGGCAUCUUGGAGUCAAACACAGCAGGAGACCGUGGGAAGCUGGAAUGGACAGGAAACUGGGUGACAUUUCUGGACACCAUGUUGCAGAUGAUCGUCUUGGGGCUGCCGGGUGGAGGUUUGCGUUUGCCGACCAGAAUCCGCUCCGUGUGCGUCCAUCCUGCUGCACACCUGGAAAAAGUCAGCGAGCACGCUGAAGGAAAGCAAGCGGUUGAUGUCCACGUAAGCCGUUACCUUGACAACAUCACUGCUGGUGGAGUCCAGAUCUGUGGCCUGCACGCCACAGUAGCCCCUCGCCGGCAGCAGCUGCAGAGCCCGCCCACACUGGAGGAGUUCCUGUUUGUUCCUGAUGUGGAGACGGACUGCCUUACAGCCAAUGGGAAGCUGGCAGAGCAGCUGAGGCUUUGCAAAGCUUUGAUCCACACACUGCAGCAGAAGCUGGCCCCUCAUGGUGUCAAGCUCUCCAUCCCGGGGUUACAGGGGGGCUCUGAUGCACCUCCUCCCAGCGGUGAGCCUUCUGAGCCCAGCCUGCUGCGGCUGCUAACCCUGCUCUGUGGCCUCGAGUUCAAUGGGAACCUCCACUCUGAGCUGGAGCAGGUGGUGCAGAAGGAGCGGCUGUGCCUGCUUAAAGACGACCUGCUCCAGGGUCUGCUGGUCGACGACGCCCUGAGACAUUGCCUCGACAUCACGGUGGAAAACAGCACACCUGGCAGGAUCAAAGUGUUGGAGGCUCUCUCAGAUGACGGCCAGCUCUUCUGUCGCGCCGUGCCCCUGCUCAACAUCCAGCCCAUGCUCCGUGUGGACUACACUGCGACUGCGGCCAGUCUGGAGCUUCUGGCCCCCCACCAGGCUCCCCUGGAGGAGCUCGGUGUCGCUGCGGCUCAGUGGGAUCCUCUGACCAGCCCAGCUGCUGGAGACGUUGCUGUGGGGGCGGACCUGGUGCUGUGUAACCAUGCAUGGGGUCCAGUGAAGACAGAGCCCAGGCUGCUGGUAGCAAAUCUGGCAUCUGGAGCCAAAGAAAGUGGGUUUGUUCUCCUCCACACGCUGCUGAAGGGGGAGACUGUGGGGGAGGCUGUGGCCUUCCUGUCCAGCACUGCUCAGAGCAGCAGCCAGCAGGGACUCCUCACACAGGCUGAGUGGGAGGAAGUGCUCUCAGAGGCUUCUCUUAACCUGGUGGCUGUCAGGAAGUCUUUCUACGGCUCCGCCCUCUUUCUGUGUCGCCGUCAGUCUGUGAGUAAACAGCCGGUUUUCCUGCCUGUGGACAGCAAAGACUAUCAGUGGGUGGAAACGCUCAAGCAGGAAGUGAUGUCAGAGUCCUCAGACCAUCCAGUGUGGCUGACUGCUUCUCAGGCAGAGUGUGGGAUUGUGGGAAUGGUCAACUGUUUACGGCAAGAGCCUGGUGGCAACCGGAUACGGUACGACAUCGUUAACAGCUCGUUGUUCUCACACUGCAGCUUUUAUGUAGAAAGGAUCACACCAAGACUUUCAGUCAGGAUUUAGAGUCUUACUGAUGAUCACUAAUGUGCCAGAGCACAGGUUUCUAAUAGACUCAGCACAAGUGUAAUCAGUGAGGCUUCCUCAGACGUUAACACUUCAUUGUACAGUGGAAACAUAGUGGAUCCUUUCUGUUGCU